GAGCUAACGAGACAAGCUGACUAUCAGACAGAUGUUGAACUGAAAGCAAAGAUCAAUGAUUUACUUCAGAAAUACAAACAGAACGUGAAGUGGACUGAGAGCUAUUCUCAAGUUGUUAUUCAGUGGUUAAAUGAAAAUGUUCCACUGAAUAACGAAUAGCGACUGAUUGGUUCUGUUGAUGGUGACUAACCGUUCACUGGUGCAUAAACGUUAAAUAACUAUUCCCAUCAAACUUCGUCAUUCGUUUAAUUGUAAUUCCUAUUCUGUCAACCCGUUGUGUAUCAAUUUGUAUUUGUAAAUUUGCACCAACACUUUAAUGUUCGCUUAUAAUGAUUGACCUAUGUUUUUGCUGUGUAGUUGUGAUUAUUUGAAUAAUACUAACGUUUGAAUAAUCUUGUUAUGGUUUCGAUUUAAAAUAUAUACUUCAGCCG